AUGUGUGUGUGCGUGCGUGCGUGUGCGUGGGAGGGAGAGAGCAAGAGUGUGAAACGAGACAGACAGACUGGAGCAUUGUCGGAUACACCAUCUAGUGUAUUAUAUACAUACAACAUUAAUGUAAAUAACGGCAUAUUCUACGCCUGGAUAAUAAACAGGGGCGUGUUCUGAGGAGAGGUCAAGUAGCAUGUCGCGGGAGACGGUGACCUUCAGCCAGUCAGCUCCCUCGUCCAUCUGUGUUGACGAAAGUGCUCUCUCCUCCCGCACUGGAUGCUGCGUCAUCACCCUCACCUUCACUCAGCCUACACAGAUAGGAGAGAUCACCUUCAGGAACUACUACACAUGGGCCGUGGGCAUCCAUGUGUUGAGGGCAUCUCCCACCUCCUCAGCCAACAUCGGUGGUGUGGUGGGCGCCGGGCUGCUGGGCGGGGACGCGGGCGGGGAGGUGGCCUGGGCCUGGAAGGACCCUGCAGCGUGGCAGGUGGGCGUGAAGAACAAGGUGAUCAUGCCGCACCCGCACACAGAGACCGCCAGCCACGACUUCGUAUCCGUCACCUGUCUCGAGAGCCGCGUGGACUGGCAGGACGUGAUAGGGCUGAGACUGGUGCUGCGGCAGCCCUCGCCUGUCUGGAGAACCUUCUUCAUCGAGGAGAUCACCGCCUAUCGGGAGCUGCCUCGCCUGCCCCCCUUCAGCGUGCCAAUCAUCUCCCAAGACGGCCAAAGCGAGAAGAGUCAGCAAGUGACGCCGUUGGACCGCCUCAUCCAGCAGACGAGGCGAGCGAUGCGCAUCCAGCAAGAUGAAUCUUUAGAGGGCGAGCUGUCAGGCGGUGGCUAUGACCUGGGUACCUUACAGUAUACCUGACAGGGGCUUCAUGCAAUAACAAGCGACGUUCUCUGUCACUUCAGACAAUAAGAGAAAGGUGAAGCCUAGUGAGAGCUGCAAGCAAGAUGUGAAGUUUAGCGAGGGUAACAAUGACAACGAAUGAUUGGGACGGUUUAUAAAUGGCGAAGUGCCUUAGUAACAAUAACACCUGCACUGACUUAAGUAUAUGGUGAAAUGGACAGAUGACCCUCGUAACGAUAAAUCUUUGAAUAAUGCAACAAUUUUUCUUGGCUUCUUAUUUCUACUUUCGAUAUUUGUAAUUUGACAAGGUUCUAUCAGACCCUUUCUCCAAUUGUUCAUAAGUUUAUUUAGCUCUCUGGUCUUUAUUAAAAAGAUUGCUCUUUGAUUAUAUUCUCGCUAUUUAUUGCUUUGAGUUUAUAAAUGUUGAAAAUCAUUUACCAUUUAUUAAACUAAUUUACAAGAUAAUUUAA